AUGGAGAGUAUGCUUACUAAAUUCAUAGAGGAGUCAGGAAAAAGAUUUGACAAGAAUGAAGCUCAACUCCAAAAGUAUGAAGUUUUAUUGCAAAACCAAUCCGUUUCCAUAAGAAAUCUUGAAACCCAAAUGAGGCAAAUCCACAAUAUUUUAGUGGGAAGAGUUCAAGGAAUAUUGUCGAGUGAUACCGAUAAGAAUCUGAAGGAGAGAUUCAAUGCUAUCAUGCUGAGAAGUGGUAAGGAGUUGAAGGGAGCAAGCAAAGAAGGCGAAACAAAGGAAAAACUUGAAGAUGAAAAAGAGGGUAGAACCAAGUGUGUCGCAACACAGUGUUGCGGCACAGGGGCAGAAAUUGACAAAAAUGCCCAUGUUGCGACGAACGAUGACACAACCCUCCCGUAUCCUCACAGAGUGCAAAAAAAAAGAUUGGAUAAGCAAUUCGGUAAGUUCAUGGACAUGUUUAGAUCUUUACACAUUAACAUUCCUUUUGUAGACAUGUUGGAGCAAAUGUCGAAGUACGCAAAGUUUCUGAAGGAGAUUAUCACCAAAAAGAGGAGGUUUGAAGAACAUGAGACGGUGAUGCUUAUGGAAGAGUGUAGUGCGUUGCUAUUGAAGAAAUUACCACAAAAGCUCAGAGAUCCAAAGAGUUUCACAAUUCCUUGCACAAUAGGUAAUGUUCAUUUUGCUAAAGUUUUAUGUGACCUAGGAGCUAGUGUUAACCUCAUGCCAUUUUCAAUUUAUAAGAAACUAGGCCUAGGGGAAGUAAAACCAACCAUAAUCCAUCUUCAAUUAGUUGAUAGGUCUAUAAAAUACCUCAGGGGAGUAGUAGAGGAUGUCUUAAUAAAAGUAGAUAAACUAUUUUUUCUGGUAGAUUUUAUUGUAUUAGAUAUGGAAGAAGAUCAGGAGGUGCCUCUACUUUUAGAAAGACCUUUUCGAGCUACGGGUAGAACGUUGAUAGAUGUUCAUAAAGGAAAACUAAUCUUGAGGGUAGAGAAUGAACAAGUUGAAUUCAAUGUUUUUGAUACUAUGAAAUGUCCACCCAAGUUAGAUACAUGCUUUGAGAUUAGUAUCCCUGAUGAUAAAGUAGCUGAGACCUUAGAAGAAAAAAUACUUGUUUUACCCUUAGAAAAGUGUGUGUCAAUUUUAGGACUUUGGAGGAGGAAAUUGAGAAUAAGAGGGAAAGAGAGCAAUUGA